AUAACCCUUGCGUCAUCUGUGCGGAUUUUACCUAUGCCAGCAGUCUGAUUCGGGGGUUUAGAGACCGCUGAAAAAAAAUCCCCAACCCUAGAUUCAGAUACCGCCAUUUUCUUCUCUAGCGUGCCGGAAUUCAUCGGCGCCAGAAUAGAAUUCAUCAAAGGUUCUGCUUAGAACGAUACCAUUUCCUCCUGAUCCGCCUACGAUCGCCAUCGACAGUUGUUCUUAUUCGUCGAUUUCUCAUUAGCGGCGGCGGGGGAACUCAUAGCCUCAUCGGAGCAGCUGCAUUAUCUCGUGAUCGCUCUGCGAACAAUUCAAGAUCUGGCGCACCAGGUUGCUCGACAAGGGAUUGAUGGGAUACUGUUGCAGGAGAAGGAAGCGGUGGAGAUGCUGAGGAAGCCAACAAGUCCAGUCAAAGUCUUGAACAAGGCCACGAGAGGCGAUCAAGUAUCAGAGUCAUUAGUGGGGAAACAUGAGUGGUGGAAGUGGCAGUGGAGAGCAGAAAGGGUCUGGUUUAGAAAGAUCAGUCACAAGCGUUCAUUUGCUAGUAAGGGAAAAGGUUAUGAUGUGGUUUCGAAAGCCAAGGUCACCGUGUGUUUUAUUUCUGCUUUCUACUAUAUGUGCUGCAGCAGCUAGCUGCUGAUUGUGCAACGAUCUUCUUCUCCCAUGCUAACUAUACUAUAUUUGGAGUGUUAAAUUGUGCAAUGAUCUUCUUCUCCUAUGCUGCAAUUUUUUCCUUACCAUGCUAUCUAACCCAAUAUAUCAUGCACUUCCAUUAGUUGUACCUAAAUUGACUUUUGCUUCCUAAAUUGCAGCUCUCUUGAUCAAAGACUGUCGUCAUUGAAAGACUGCAAAUAUCCAGAAAAAGGCCGAUGUGGUAUCAAAACUCCUGGGUUGGACGCAGUGACAUAUAAGACAUGGCAGUUUUCUUUUCCGGUGAACUUGGUGUACUAGUAUUUCCCAGAUCCAAAUCCCCAAGUUAAAGCUAUUGCAGGAAUGCUUCCUGAUGAUAUAGCUCGAUUCAAGCCAUGUAGACUUUGUCAAUACUUCAGGGACUUACAAGGAGGCAGAGAUAUCUUAACAAAGAACUGUCAAGUAUAUACUCAAACGGGAACAGAAAACAACAACAGGGGAUGUGGAUAAACUGUGGCGGUCAAAUACACAACGGGUGCUAGUUCCAGCACAUGCACCCAGCCUCAGGUUAAGAGGGCAUACAGUGCAUUAAAUGAUGUGGGGUGAUUUAGAAGGAAAGGAAUUUUUACACUGUGGAUCUUGCUGGAACUUAUCUAUGUUCAAGUAUGAUAAUCUUGAUUUUAUUGUGAAUUGUGAGUUGUAAAAUGUCAAGCAAAUACCUUUUGUUGGAUUUCCUUCUGUUAAUUUGUUUUAUAAGUAAUAUGUAACCUGGAAUGGAACUUAAUUAUUUGAAUUUUAAUGUAUGGUUAAUAUAAAGUAUCUACCUUCCAGCUAAUAAGAAAC